AUGUAUCUAUUUUUUAAGAGUAGUUAUAAUGAAGUUUUAUUAGAUCAAAAAGACUCAUCAUGUAUAGUAGUUGAAAAGAUUGUAUCAAAUACUUCAAAUAAGGAGAUAAGUUCAAAUAGAAAUUAAAGAUUAUAAUUUAAUUCAUAACAAAAAAUUUUGAUAUUGGACGAUUAUCUUUUAGUUUGGAUCCAUAUAAUUAAGGAUAAAAUAAUCUAUAAAUUUUAUUAAAUUUUAAUUCAGGUAUAUCAAAUAAAACAUUGA